CCUCUGCGUUAGUAGUUUGCGCAUGCGCACUCCCGAUCCCGUUUACGGAAGCACCUGCGUUGUCACUGUUUUGCAGUUAGAAGGAAUGUGAUGUGAAUGCAGCACAUGCCAAAGCGCUUGAAGGGACAGCAUGCUCAGCUUUGUGUUUGUCGCGUUUUUAUCGCUGGCAGUGUUGUUCCUCUCUCGCGAGUGGUCCGUUAUAUUUGGAAAUGAAUCAGCCCCGGGGCCCCCCGCGCGGCUACUGAGCAGCCGUGAAUUAUCGUUGUACGACGGGGAGGAAGGCAGCAGGGGCCUUUACCUGGCUAUACUGGGCCGAGUGUUUGAUGUACACAAGGGAUACAAGCACUAUGGACCUGCUGGUGCUUAUCACUUUAUGGCAGGCAGAGAUGCCUCAUUGGCCUUCGUCAGCGGGGACUUCACAGAGAGUGGUCUGACAGAUGAUGUGUCCAGUCUGUCCCCACUGCAGGUGAUGGCCCUUUAUGACUGGCUGGCCUUCUAUCAGAGGGGCUACCAGGCUGUAGGUCUGUUAAUAGGCCGGUUCUAUAGUGAGACUGGGCAGCCCACAGAGGCCCUGUUGCAGGUGGAAGCAUCACUAGCUGAGGGCCAGCAAAUUAAGGCCCAGUCUGAGGCUGAAAUGUUACGCUUCCCAGCCUGCAACUCACAUUGGAGCGCUGCCGGUGGAGGAAGAGUCUGGUGCUCCACUAAGAGUGGUGGAGUGGAAAGAGGCUGGACAGGUGUCCCGAGGAAACUCUUCUCUCCAGGCUCUAGCAGUGUUCGUUGUGUCUGUGUACAAGACCCAUCUGCAGCAGAGGAAGACCCCAACUUGCAGAAAUAUGACGGCUGUCCUCCACAUGCUGACUCAUGCUCUUUUGAAGAGCACUAGUCUCUGGGCCAGCCCAGAAUAUGGACCUAUUCAUGGCCACACAAAACUCAGGAGACAGACUUUUGCCAGUAUAUCACAGUGAUGAACAAAAUAAAAAAGGAAGAAUGAAGAAAACUCAAUGCAUUUGUUUUCGAUGACCUUUAUGUAAAGUUGUCCUCCCUUUCUCUAAAAGGAUACACCAGGAAGAGACAGGCUAGAUAUCUGAGCAUACAGAUACAAUAUAAUGUGCAUAAAAGAUUAACAGAGGCAAGAUUUAGGUUUGUCACAAUGACAAGCACAAACUGCAUUAAAGUACAAAACAGUUGUAGUGGUCAAAAAUAUCACACAUUUAUCUGUACAAUUUAACAAUACUUAAAGAGGCCCCACUACUUGGCCAUCCCUCUGCUCCACAUUCUCCCCAAUGAUCGGAAAUGCCAUGUGAUCUUGAUAAAGUGCACCUGUUAGGCUUAGAAAUCAAGAAGCGUUAAACGUGAUGGAUCGAGACAGCAACUUGACUUGAGGCAACAUUGUGGGGACUAUGAUCACGUCCUCCUACGGGGACCUCAUGGCAGAUCAAAAAUGGAAUGUAAUCAUUUGGUGACUGAUUUUGAAAUAUAAUUUAUGAUUAUGACAAUGACGUGAAAGGCUACAAAUUAAAUGACAUGCAUAGGCAUAAGAGGCAUUUCUGUAACUGAGGAGGAAUUUUGAGAGAAUUGUGUUUUAGGGACCACGUUUAUGUUCCUCUCUUGUUAAAAUAAGCCCAUUCCCCAACUUGCCAUGUUAAAAAGUAAACAUCCAUUUAGUUUGGCUGAUGCCUACACGUGAUAGACCGUUCAUCUUUGUCCAUUUGUGACAUCUUUCACCUCUUACAGUAAAUUAAUACAAUGUCAGUGUUAUAAAUCUGAGUCUAACUAGAUGAAAUCUCAAUUGGAAAUGAUGCUCAUUUAAAAUAGAAGUUGAGUUGCUUUCCCUUUAAAUCCUCCUCAUUUGUCCCACUUUAUCCAGUCAAUACAGAAUUGGAGCGACAGAAGAGUGAAAGAUAACAGAGAACAUGCUGAUAGUUCAGUCUUUGUAGAUCUCGUGAUCUAGGGGCAUUUCACAGGUUUACUCUGCCCAUGGUUGACAGCAGCCUCGGCUCUCAUAAAUUUAAGUAUUACAUUUUUGUCUUUGGGCAGGUAACAUAGCAUGAAGGCUGCUGAUGGUAAAAUAUCCCAACAGAGAACAGGAAAACCCCUCCAAAGGUGACUUGAUCAUUCAAAUGUUCAUCAUUGAAUUGAAAUGUGUACUUACAGCAGCUACCUGCUUGUGAUAAUCAUCAUUGGAAAGAUCAUUGAGCUUGGGAAAUUGAUGAACAGACUCAGUCCAGCCAUCACCGAGC